AUGAUUCUCUACGGAGACGAUCAGGGCUGUGUCAAUAUUUUGGUCAUGUCCUCUGUGGGAGAACUCUUAAGAACAUGGAAGAAACUACCGAAAGCUGAAAAUCUGCCAAGCAUUUGCCUUGAGAGCGCUAUUCUCUCUCCCACUGUGACUUACAUCCGCUGGAAAGUGCAUGAGGACUGGGUUACACAGCUGAAUUACUAUGACUCCAUAAAAGCCGUGAUUUCUGCCUCCAGCCAUGAGUUGACAGCUUUAGUAAUAGGGUGCACUGUUGGAGCUACCAAUGUUGAGCAGCAGAUGAAAGAAAUACAGGAACCUGGGAAAGGUUCAAAAGGAAGGAAAGGGCAGCUGACGAUGGGAUCUCCUCCAAGGAGAGCCAAAGGGGAUCAAACUGUGUUCCGAGUCCACAAGGGGGUAAAAACAUUUGCAUUCAGUAAGAGGAACAAUCUCCUUGUGACGGGAGGAAUGGAUCGAACCAUCCGGCUGUGGAACCCCUAUGUGCCCAGCCAAUGCACAGGCACGCUCAGAAGCCACACAGCACCGAUCUUUUACCUCCACAUAUCUGAAGAAGAUGCUAAAAUAAUAUCUGUGUCCACAGAUAACACAGUUAAGAUUUGGGAUGCUGAGGACCAGAGCUGCUUGUUUACAGCUUGUUCAAAAGCAAGUGGAAUCAAGGGUGAGCUCUCUGCUUGCCUCUAUGCAGCUGGCACACAAUCACUUUAUGUAGCUGCAGAUGCACUCGCUCUCCUUUACCUGAAACUGAGGCCUCCUCCGGAGCCCCGCUUGGUAGUUUCUCACAUGGAGCCUGUUCUGUGCUGCAAGUACAACAGAGUGUUCAGGCAGGUGGUGAGCUGCUCGGAAGGAUCUGUAAUUAAAGUGUGGGAUUUUGAAACAGGAAAGCAGUUAUUUGAGUUCACCAGUGCUCAUGGAGAGGCAGCAAUCACCUGUUUGACUUUUGAUGACAGUGGAAGAAGACUGGUUACAGGAGGCCGAGAUGGAUGUUUGAAGAUAUGGAAUUACAAUAAUGGGCACUGUCUGCAUACUCUGAAGAGGGAAGGAAAGUGUGACGAGAUCUGUGACUGCACCUAUGCGGAGGUGAACAGGAGCAAGUGUAUUGUAGCUGUUGGAUGGGACAGAAGAAUAAACGUGUACUUUGACUCCACCGAAGAGCUUCAUCAUGUUCAGAAACCUCAGCCCUUUUGGCAGGAUGAUAUAAUCCAAGGUCAUAAAGAGGAUAUCUUGUGUGUUGCUCAUUGUCCACCAACUCUGCUUGCCACAGCUAGUUACGAUGGUGAAAUUAUAGUUUGGAACAUGAGCUCUGGCUGUGUCUUUUGCAAACUUCACACUCCACUUCCUACUGACUGCACUGAGGGAGGAGCUGUAGACACAAGUGUUACCCAAGUUGUAUUUCUAAGGACUCGUGUGACUACACUUAAAUCUGGAGCGGCAACUCUCAUUUCCAAUGGGCCUCAAGGUUCUCUCAACUUCUGGAGUCUGCUCAGCGGAGCCCCACCUCCAGCAAGCUUCAUACCUUCUAGAAUGAAAUCUCCAAUCAGCAGCAUAGCCGUCACUCCUGAUGAUACGUUUCUUUACGUGGCCGAUAGUGAUGGUUAUGUGUAUGUCUACAGCAUCAAGGAUUAUGCCCUUGGGAGUCCAGAGCAGGAGCCACCACAAAAUAUGCAUCAUUGGCGAGCACAUAUAAAAAUGGUUGUAUCGUUAGAAGUGAUAGAUGAAGACAGAGUCCUGUUGUCCUCAUCUAUAGAUUGCACAGUCCGCCUGUGGAGUCUGAAUGGAGAAUACAUUGGGACGUUUGGCCAGACGGAACUAUGGGAGGUUUUUACUCCUGCGUCCUGGAAACACCCUAGAAUUCCCUAUGAAAUCCUGACAGACCCCCAAAGCUUGCCCAUUCAUCCAGUGCUAGAAGGACAAUCUUCUGUCUUGCAAAUCAUCAACUCAGAUGAGAAUCCCAAAGCCCAGAAGAAGCCUGUACCUAAGCAUGAAGAAAGCUACCAUUCCAAACAUCCUCACAUUGCUAUUCCUGCUUUGAUUUCAGCAUCAGCAAUGAACAAGUGGCUUUCACAGAUCUCUGGUGAAAGAUUGAAGCACAAGCACUGUAAGAAUUUAAGCAAGUCACUUAUUUGUAAGGGACUGAGCACUUACCACAUCAUUAACUGCUAUGAAGUAGUCAGUGUUCCAGAAAUUCGUGAAAAACUUGAUUUGUCUGUACUUGGUACAGAUUUCUUUUAUGAAGGUUCAUUAGAGGAAAAUUAG